AUGGUGAUAAUUAAAGCAGAUGAUUUUGAAAAUUAUUAUAAAAUUUUGAAUGAUCUAGGUCGUGAUGAAUUUGCUGCGGUUAAACGUGUUAAAGAACUAAGUUCAGGUAUUGAUUAUGCUGCAAAAUUUAUUGGAAAAAAACGUGGUAUUGUCGGUAAACGUGGUCUUAAACGAGAAGAAAUAUUACGUGAAGCUGAAAUAUUAUCUCAGUUAAAUCAUCGAAAUAUUAUUACGUUACGUGAUGUCUUUGAAAAUAAACAUGAAAUUAUAUUAGUUCUCGAACUAGUUGGUGCCGAAGAAGAAGCCGUAUCAUUUAUAUUAAAAAUAUUAGAAAGUGUUCAUCAUAUGCAUGAAAAAAAACAUAUUGUUCAUCUUGAUUUGAAACCUGAAAAUGUUAUGUUAUUAGAAAAGAAUAAAAUACAUCUAAAAAUAAUUGAUUUUGGAAUUUCAGGACAAUUGAAACCGAAUGAACCAACCAAAGAAACAUUUGGAACACCAGAAUUUGUUGAUGGAGCAUCACCACUUUUGGAUAAUACCAAUCAAGAAACAUUUGCCAAUAUUAGUCAAGUUGAUUAUCGUUUUGAUGAAGAAUUUUUUUCACAUACCAAAGAUUUUAUUCAACGUCUAUUUAUUAAAAAUCCUAAGAGUGGCAUAUUGGGAACUACUUGCGGCUAUGGCCUAUAUAAAUAUUUAUAA